GUGUUUGUUUCAUGUUUAAACACAGCUAGAAAAGGUUCUACUGCUUUAAAUAAGGAAGCUUUUUUAAUAUCAGCAAUCAUAGUUUUCACGUUAUCGAUACAAUUGACGAUACUAAUAUGUAAAGAGACACGCAUUUGCCUUGGAAACGAAAAUUGCAUUGGGAGUUAGGAUCUAAAACUUGCAAAAUGCGCGCAAAUAAGCUGUCAAUGGAUGCAAUAUGUUAACUAUUUGACGAACGGUAUUAACAAGUUUUGGUAAAGGUAAACGCGACACAAGCGCUCGACGCAACGAUAGUUGUAGUUUUAAACAGCAGCCGUAGAAACUACCUCAAGAUUUGUGAGAAGAUUGUACGUUCGGACGUCAGAAGGACAAGUCAUCUGGUUCGUUUCCCUCUACAGACCGUAAUAGUUGACAUUUAAAAGCUGAACAUGGACGCGCUGGCGCUCAGUGGAACGGAGAGUGAGUUUAGUUCCAGGAGGAGCUCCUUCAUAGACCGCGUGCAAAACAAGCGUCGGAAGGAUUCCGUGGCACCCUUUGUACUAUCUUAUGACGCGACAGACCUUGACCGGAAGUCAUCGCAGGGGUCGGUGCUUUCGGUAGCUAGUAGCCCGGAUAUUGUCAGCGGAACGGACAGAGUUCGCAGCAUGAACAGGAGACUCAGUCUGAAGCCACCGAGUAAUGUUUAUAACGAACGCCGAAAGAGCCGGAAGUCGGUGUCAUUUGACCGGAAGUUUUCAAGUGGAAAUCACAAGGUACACUGCGACUGUGGGCGAAAUUUCACCAUACCGUGUAUGGAGGAUGGUGGUGUGGCGAUAUCAUCAUGCCCGUCAUCACAAGUGCCAGCAAUCACGUUGUCGCGUGUGAACAGUAAACACUUUGUUCAAGCUAUUGAAGCGGAGACGUCGCCGCUCUCAUCAACCCCCGAUAACAAACUGUCGACUGAGAAGCGGAAGUCCCUGGUGGAUACCAUCGAAUGCAUCAAAACUGAGGCGGAAAAUGACCAAGCCAUACUGCAAUGUUGCCAGCAAUUGGGGAAGUCGGAUGAUCAAGAUUCUUUGGAAAUGGUCUUGUCCCGACAAAGCGCCGUCAAAAGCUUACUGGAGGUGCUUGCCAAAUAUGUAACGAAACCAGAAAUACAACUGGAGGCCUGUACGUCACUCUUGAUACAGAUCAAGUGUUCAGAGGCCACUCUUCACUAUCUGACGGAGAAUGAGGGAAUAGAGAGGCUCCAUGACAUUCUGACGUCAUACGUUGUCGACUCAAAGCUCCUCAUCGUGGUUCUGGACAUCUUCGGUUAUUACUCUUUCCAAGACGAAUGGAGAUCGGUACUCAUAGAAAAGGUGAACCCUGCCGAGUUUCUGCGCAUCAUGUCGUGCCACAACCGAAAUUCGACGGUCGUGGAAAAAUGCUGCGUGGUCCUGGAAAAUCUGGCUUUAUCAGAGGACAUAGCGCGGUCGAUGAUGUAUGUUGGCGGCGUACACAGCAUCUUAUCGAUGAUGUCCAGGUAUGACCAGAACGUUGAGGUCCUUAAACAUUGCUGCACCACUCUGGGGACGUUUGCAUCACACGAUGAAACUUGUCAAGUCGUGGCGGAAGCAGGAGCCGUGUCGUCAGUGAUGUCAGUGAUGUCGUCAUACACCAACAACGCGGAAGUACAACAGAGUUGUUGCUGGGCGCUGGCAAGUCUUUCGCGAUCAGGUACCGUAUGCCUGGAUCUUUUGAACUUGGGCGCCGUCAAGCUCGUAAUGAAUGCAAUGAGCAAUUUCCAGAUAGAGACCUCCAUACAGGAAUACGGUUGCUGGACGCUGUGUAACCUGGUGGUUCUAGCCACCAAGAUGGACGACGCUGAGUGCGAGGCGGCGGUGGAAGUGUUCAUCGACUGCACGCAGGCAUUCAGCGGCAACGUGGAGUUGCUCGAGCACAUCUGCUUUGGGCUCAACGCUCUGGUAGCCGUCAAAGAGUGCGUGCAUGCCACCGUGGUGAGACACGACGGUAUCAGCAAGCUUAUCGAGCUCAUGAAGAAGUACGAGCUCAAUGUGGACAUUCAGGUCAACAGCAGCAAGGUCAUUGGCAACCUUGCCGUCAAUGACAACUUCCGUCGGUACGUUGAGGACAUGGGCGCCUCGGAGGCGGUCAUCUCGUCCAUGUUGGGGCUCGAAAAGAACCGCCAGAUCCAGAUGGUAGGCUGCAUGACUCUAACCAACAUAUCAGCAGAGGAGGCCGACAACAAGUUUCGAAUCUUGAAAAACGGUGGCGUCCACGCUGCUCUGCAUGCGAUGAAAAAAUUUAAGGACGAUGAGAGCAUCAAUUUGAACGCGCUGAAACUCUUCUGCAAUCUCAUCGAGUCAGAUAAAGGAUGCUGGUGGAUAGCCGAGGAGUCCGGUAUCCAGGUCAUAUCGAUGGCGUUGAAACAUUUCUCCGCGAAUGAAGACAUCAUGGCGUUCGGCUGCACCUGCCUGGCCAAUCUUCCCAGGAGGGGAAUGAACAAGGUGGCGCUGGAGAGCGCGGAAUCCAUGCUGCUCUACCUCAAACUCAACCAGACGUUGAACGUAGACAUGGGUAAAGCGGUCUGUACGUUCUACGAGAAUGCGCAAAGGGCGGGUACGAGUUUUCGUUUAGGUACGGACUGCUUGAAGCUUGUCGACCACAAGGCCAUAGGAAGGGUACUGCAAAUCAUGGACGAGUUCUUGGAGGAUGAAGACAUCCAAGUCAUCGGCUGUAAACUUUUUGCACACAUAGCUCUUGGUGAAGACGUGCAUCUGCUUCCACGGGAAGCGUUGUCCAAGAUGACCACAGUCAUGCGGACACUUGCGGACAACGUGGAGGUACAGCUUCUGGGAUGCGGCACGAUAUCCUGCCUAUCAGGAAAAGAGAGCGGCCUUCUGUCGCUGGAGAGCCUAUGUUGCCUCGAGGCGGUGAUCGAGAGCAUGCACGUGCACCCCAAAAACGCCGAGCUACACUGCGUGUGCCUUCUAGCCAUCGAGAAUAUGUGCCAGGCAGAUGUCGUAAGGGGCAAUAACAUCCAGAAAGUGUGUGACAGCAUCACGCGCUCCAUGAAGCUGCACGAUGAUAACACUGAGAUAAUGGCUGCCGGAAAUCACGUGCUCACCAUAAUCGGGAAGGGAUUUCACAAGCAGAACGGUGACAUUCAGCGGACAGACGCAGAAGUGCCCCCUUACUGCAGCCUAUCAUGCCGGUGAUCAAGCGGAAGAGCGUCACAGAGGAGCUGCUGGGCGUGGCGACGGCGGCGAUCCAGAAACUGCGCACGUUCACGGAUGACGUAAUGGAGUGUGACCAUGGGGACUCUGAGGAGGACGCGGAAACGGAUGCUACACACUUUCAUGUAAAGUUUGAUCGCAAGUCUGUUUAAACAUGUAUAUGUUGUUUUUGUUUUGAUGUUGGGUUCUCUAUAUGACAAACACUGGCGAAGGCUACACACUAUUUUCAUAUACAGUUCGAUCGCAAGUCCUUUUAAACAUUUACCUGUUGGUGUUAAGUUGUUUUAUUCUGAACAUGACAACGAUGUUUGUAUUCUACUAUUUUCUAGAGCUUGUUCGGAUAUUUUACCGCGUACAAGCAUAAAAGGUACUUUUAUUUGGGUGACUUUGUUUUCGUGCAUUUCUACAAAUCAUGAUCAUUUAUUUGCAAAAACUCAUAUGAGAACUACGGUGUUUAUUGGUAGAAAAUUUUGUUUUAAAAAGCACAUUCGUUAUGCAUAAAAUAGGAAACGACCAACUUUAAUGAAUCAAAUUUUUUAUUCAAGAUGCUAAAAUUGCAUUUUCAACAUUUUAUUUUUGUUUUGUUAUUAAAUUGUGUAAAGCCAUUCUCUCAUGUGCUAUUUUACAAUGAAAGUAAUCAACGUGCAUGAAGAUUGAUUGCGUUAUUGUUACCUUUAAUAAUGGACUCAAAGAUCUGACUAGAUAUUAUACAUAGCGGAUGUGUAUCUUAAUGCAUUUGCAUAUGUUUAUGCUUGUUAAGGACGGUGUGAAGAAUGACCAAUUCUGCGUUCACCAUUUAAAGCGACUUGCAUACAGGUUAUUUUGGCCUUAUAAAAUGCCCUAAAUGACUAGAUUUAAAAAUCUGAACUAUAGUAAAAGUAUAACAAAAAUGGGGGGUUUUAAAUUAAAAAAAUAUUUAAAGACUUAGACUUAAAGUGUAACCACUCGGUAUCGUGACUUUUAAACUUCAUUUAAGCGAUCCAUGUGUUUUGACAUGAUUUAAUGAAAACUACAGAAUCUCUUAAACGUAUUUGAUCUUUUCGCGUCUGUAACGCUUUAUAAUUUGUUGGUUUCCAAUGAUGAUUAUUCAUUACGGAAAAUGUAUUUUCAAAGUUUUCUUCAUUACUGUUAAUUUGGUCAUUUUCCUAAAGUAUUCUUUAAGUUUUUGAAUCUGUGACAUAUAUUGUGAAAGUUGUCAUUUCGACAAUCGGCGAACAAGACACUUUAAGUUGAAAUGCGUUUACAUGUGAUUAAUAAUUGUUUCUAUCCUAGAAUGAAAAUUAUCAACUAAAUACUUUAUCUUUCAAAGUAAAGACGUUAACAUAUUGAAAAUAUCUACGAGAAUUCAAUGUGCGCCUCUUAUUUGUGUAAUAGUUGUACAUGUAUAUCGUCUCUGCUCACUUAACAACGCAUGUUAGAAUAUUGUAUUGUUUUGAAGACUUAAUUUCUUUUUUUUCCAACAUUAUAUGAACGUUUGUGUUCUUGUAUGUCAAUUUACUAUUACUUGAUUAAAUAUCAUUGAUCUACCAUUUUACUUAUCACAAUUGGCGAAGUAAUAUAACCGUUCCUUACUCUAAACUGCAAACUGAUGCCACUACAUUGUCCUGUAAAGAGUUUCAUUGUUUAUAACAUAAUAAAUGCCCUUUUAGGCACAUUUUUGGUUUUGAACGUAUAAUUUGUUUUGAUUGUCUGUCCAUAUUGCUGAAUGCUGAAUAAAUGGUUAUGUUAU